CAGUACCAUAUUCAUAAGAAAUGAAGCAAGGAGCCACAAACUGAAGAUGCCAUUAUAACUUCUGGAAUCUGCUGGGCUUUGACCCAAGUAUUUACAUUUUGCCACUGGGAAGUUAUUGGGGCAAUGCAAAAUGAACCUAUCCAAAAAGAAGGUGACAUUCAGUGAGGCCCCUGUGGUUUUAGGUUCUGCUAGCAAAAGCGUCCAUUCUGGGAUCCUACAACAUUACCAUCAGUUCAUCAUCAAACACCUAUCUCUUACAUCUCACCUUUAUAGAAAGCUGCAGGAACAUGGAAUUCUAACUACUGAACAAAUUGGUUUACUUGAGAUAGAAGAGUCUCCAGACAAAAGAAUAUCCAAACUGCUAGACAUUUUAAAAAGUGCCAACAAUCAUACCUUCACAAUGUUUUGUGCGAUUCUUCAUGAAACGGGUCAACAUCAUCUCGCACAAACCUUGCAUAAGGCAGCAAGUGACAAUGGACCAGUGUUACCCAACAUAUCUUUGGUACCGCAACCAAAGCACGUCCUAAAUGAAACCUUGUCAUGGCAUCAUGAAUACGACAGAGCAAUAAAAGAGGAAACUAUAAAGAAGAGGGAAAAAAUGCAAGGCAUGAGGAGCAAGUAUUUGGCUAACUUGCAAAAACUUGAAGAAAGAAUAUCAUUAGCCAAAUGGGAAAGGGACCUUGCUAUAAGAGAGAGGGACAUUACCUUGAACGAGAACCGAGGUCUCCAGAACCUGAACACUGAACUACAGUCACUGAUCAUGAAACUGAGAGAGACAACUCUCCAUUCAAAGACAAAAAACCUGGAAAUUCCAGCUGACUAUAAAGAAGGAAGAGCUAAAAGGCUUCAACCUUUAAAGCAUGUAUAUUUAACUUACACGGGAUCCAAAUCUCACCAGCAGAUAACUGGAAUCUAAAAUAUUCUUCACACAUUUUCUUUUUUAAAAGAUGUAAAUACCAUAUUGGGUUAGAACGUUCAUGCAUGUAUGUACUUAAUAACAAGAUCUAUAGCCUUUCCUUUACAAAUGCACUGCCAUCAUACUUGUUACAUAAAGCAGCUUGAGUAAAUACAAGUAGCAAACCUACAGAUGGUACCUGUACAGAGUGAAAUGCAUGUGAAUCACUCUUAAAUUGAUACUGACAAGCAAAAGUGCUCUUAAUUUUGUCCCAUAUACAUUAAUGCUUUGAAUCGUAAAAGAUACAUCAAGUAUUUAUGCUGUAAAAUUGCAUAAUUACAAGUAAAUGCAUGAUGUGGCAGCGAAUAUAUGCUUCAUAUCAC